UUUUUUUUAUAUAGUUAUCUUUGGUAUAUAAAUUGGAAUCUGUUUGGAUUUUUUUGAACUCCAGUUUUGCUUUCAAAAUGCCGAAAAAAUGUGAACAUCUGAAUAAAGAAAUAUUCAAUUGUUUAAUGAAAAGUAUCAACACCAUCCUGCUCGAUUGCGAUGGUGUCUUAUACAGAGGAAACUGCAUGGUCCCAGGAGUUGAUGCUGUCCUUAAUAAACUUAAAUCAAUGGGAAAGAGAUUAUUUUAUGUUACUAACAACAGUUCAAAAACUAGAAUUCAGUUUUCAAAGAAGUUGGCUUCAUUUGGUUUUCCUGUAUGCGAGAAUAAUGUGAUUAGUUCAAGUUACUCAACAGCCAUGUACCUACGAAGUAAAUUGAAUUUGAAUAAAGAUCAUGUUUUCUGCAUUGGAUCAGAUAAUUUAGUUACGGAGCUCAAACAAGCUUGCUUAAAAGUUGUCACCCCAGAAAUCCCAGAAGGUGUUGGAGGAGUUGAGAAAGCAUUGAACUACAAACUUCAUCCAGAUGUGGCUUGUGUUCUGAUUGCCAACGAUGAAAAUCUCACCUACUUAAAAGUAGCAGAAGGCAUGAGGUACUUGCUGUCCAAAGACCAUGAAUGCAUUUUCGUUGCGACUAAUUCAGAUUCAUCAUAUCCAGUUGGCGUUGACAUUUUACUUCCUGGGGCAGGUUCUUGUGUGAAGAUGUUGGAGACAGCAGUCGGCCGAAACGUCGAUGUGACCUGUGGCAAACCAAAUGUUACUAUGCUGAAAGCCGUGCAAGAUGAAUUCGAAAUUGAAUCAGACAAAACUUUGAUGGUCGGGGAUCGGCUAGACACGGACAUCGAGUUUGCAAGCCAUUGCUCUUUGAGGUCGCUGCUCGUUUUAACAGGAUGUGCCAACUCAGGUGAUGUCACUAGAAUUCAAAAUGGAGAUGUGCCUGACACAUCGGUCCCCAAUUAUUAUACAGAAUCCUUGGCAGAUCUCGCCAAAUAUUUAGUUUAAUUAAUCAUUUAGUCAAUUCAUUAAGUUAGUUUGUUCAUUUGUUUAAAAACUUUUUAGUAUAGUUUAAAGUGUAGUAUAUAUACUUAUAGUAUAGUUUAGUAUAGUUUACUUUUAUAUUUUAGGCAAUUUUUAAUGAUUUAAAUAUUUUAAAAAGUUCGUCAAAUAUUAGAAUGUUAUGAGAAUAUGGUUUUAUUUAAAGAUUUUAUUUUACGUUUCGAGAAGUUGCAAAUGAUUAAAAUUGUCGACUUGCAUGUAGAGUUCUAUUACUUAACAUCAACUAGGGUAUUAAAAUCGUAAAUUAAAAUGGCAUGAACAACGGACGUUGUUUAGAAAGAUUUAAGGCAUGUGAAGUCGUUAUGUAUUUAGCAGUAUUUUAACGUAUAAUUAGGCUAGUUGCUGGUUGUGAAAUCAUUUAAAUAUUCAAUCCUUAUUGGAUGUUAAUGGUGUCCGCAAUCAGCGAUUGGGUGUUUGAUCCUCAUUGAAAGUAAUGGUGAGAUUCCUUAUGACUGUAUCCUUCGAUAAGGUAAAUUUGUUUCUACAUAUCUGAAGACUUUGAUGGAUGAUUUUGUCCUGUUGUCGAAUUUGAACCUGACGCUGCUGCUGGUGGUGAGUCGGUGUACUGUGUUUCAACGCUGUUGUUACCGGCGAGGAGCAAAAAGGAGAUGACGAAGGAGGAAAGGAAAGUGAUUUGCUCAGUCUGUCUAUGUUCCACCAUCUCAUCCUCUCGAGCUCGGAGUACCUGAGGACGUUAGAGUGCCACUGUUGAACGAAUGGGUACGGAGAGAGGAGGUACUGCAUGUCCUCCAGUGCUCUGAACGCAUCCAGGUCGCUCUGUGUGGGGACGUCUCCGUAAAUGAAGACGUCGGUAGCUUGGUUCGUAGGUGGUUGUGUGAUUGACUGGCCCUUUUUCAUUCUGUUAAAAUAUGCGUCGUCGUCUGAAUCGCUCUGUAGUUCAUUGACUGCGUCACAGUAGACCUCAUCAUCACCACCAUCUUCAUCAGGGGUGUGGUAAGCUUCGUCAUCAUCGUCUUUUUCAUCAUCAUCUUUUUCAUUCACGAAACCACCAUCAGGGUUAACAAUAUUGUUCUCUUUCUUUUUAUUCAUUCGUGAUUCAAUCAGUGGGCUGAUUAUUUGUGAACUGGUUACAACUUCUCUUUCUUUCUUGCCCUGAAACAAACCGUUGAUGUAGAAACUACUGUUGUUACUUUUACUGAUUCUACUACUACUACCUACAUUACCACCACCAUCACCGUCAUCAUUUUCUCUCUUGUUCUCAUCCCCAACUUCUUUCUCAUCACCACUUUCAGUCUCAUCAACAACUUCUUCACUGUCCUCGCUGAUGUAAGUGCUGCUGCAUUCCUCAUUCCUAUGAACUUUUCCGCUUGAGUGAUCUGUAUAAUUUUGUUUUUCUAGAUCCUCUGCAGAAAUAGCGAAUUUUUUAUCUACGCCACUCAAUGAAUUCUUGCCUCGAUCAUCCUUGGUGCUAGAUGGAAUUUUGUCUUUACUAUCUUUGCUCUCAGAUAAAUUGUUAUCUGCAGUGAGUGUGGCUGAAAAUUUAUCAUGACCAGCUUCAAUUUCAUUUGAAAUCCUGUCUUGAGACACUUCACUUGGAACUUUAUCUCGAAGGCCUGUUGAUGUGAUGAUGCCUUCCUCCUCAUUAUCUCUGGCUGCAGGUGGAUGUUUCAUUUGUUUGUCUGCAGUUUCACUGUUGUCUCUCUCUUCAUUACUCGUGCCUGCAGAUGAGUAUUCAGCUGCAUCACCAUCUCUACUUGCAUCGUUUUUAACAUGUCCAUUUGAAGCCAUCAUUGGAUUCCUAACUGGACCUUCACUGGUUGACGAUGCUUCAUGCUUGUCUUGGAAGUCUCUCGUUGAAAUAUUCUCCGCUCCACCAGUUCUUUCAUUCAAAAGUUUGCUUGUAGAUUUUUUCUCAUGGCCACUGUGGUUGCUAUCGUUACUUUUAAGGAGUGUACUGCUGUUACUUUUGUCCUUCUCUUCCUCAACAUCGCCAUUACAAUGGCUACCAGCACUUUCAUGUGAAACAUCUUC